AGACUCAGCUGUUUCCCGUAAACAAGCUGCAGACGUAAGUCGUAGAAAAACUAGGUAAACUUUAGGUCAUCGACUGUGAAAUCAUCAUACUUCGUUGUUUUUUGGGCGAUCGUACCUAGUCUGCCCAAAAUCAGUUACAUUUACUCCUCAUCAUUCUCAUUUGGAUAGCCCCUGUCAACAAAUCUUUUUCUUUGUUGUUCUUUUGCUAUUGACCUACUCUCUUCGUUUGCUUAUCGCACUUAAAACUUCUCGACCGUUCUCUGACUGUUGCUAUUUGAUGUUGACGGAGAUGUCCUCGAGUGAUUCCCCACAGCGGCGCUUGAGCAGGCCUAUAGGGCUUACUCUCAGGCCGGAAUCUGUUGCUGAAAAGUCUUUCAUGGAAAGUAUGGCUGGAUUCAUCCAUGAAGUUGUCCCACAGGCUUAUGGAGGAUGCCAUCCUACUGGGGAGGCAACAGAUCCUAUCUUGUGGGCUAAAAUUGAGCAAAUGGAUUGUGGGGACUGUCAUUCGCAGAGUUCCAUUUUGCACAAAAACAACCUACCUCUCUUGCUCAUACUGGGCUACAACACAGGAGUUCAGGUAUGGACUAUUCAAGCAUCGGGAGAGGCUCAAGAGAUUCUCUCGUGGAAUUCAGGACCUGUUAAAGUGUUUCGCCUACUGCCCAAUCCAGUCUCGAACAUAUCGGAAGAUCUCUUCGCGGCCAAACGUCCGAUUGUAGCUAUGAAUGAAAGCACUGGCCCUGCUUCCCAACUCCAUACGGUGGCAUUCUUUUCGCUACGAACGGGAGAACAAGUCAAAACUAUUCGCUUCAAGAACCCCGUGGCGGAUAUACUAGCCAAUCGACGCGCCGUGGUUGUAACCUUCCCCGAGAAGGUGGCCGUCUUCAGCAGUACUACAUUCGAGGAUCAAGUAGUACUGACUCAUUGCUACCCACCUAGUUCCAGCCCUUACUCAAACCCAGUCGCCUUGGGUUCACGUUGGCUGGCCUAUGCGGAGAAGCGACUCAUUAAUAUUCACCGAUGCGGCGGCGGUUUCGAGGGUGAAGGGAUUCAGUCUUACACAGCCACCGUCAUCCACGCUGCCAAGAGCUUGACCAAAGGACUCCGAGAAUUUGGUGAAACAUUUUUGACUGGUCAAAGAAACAUUUCUUCGUCGGCAUCGCCAUCGUCCCAACAGGGCCCUCAGCCUGGUGUAGUGACUGUCAUCGACCUGGAAGGUUUGGCACGCGGAGAAGUCAAUCUUCGGGAGGACGUUGAUGGCGUGGUAGCGCACUUUGUUGCUCACGCCAAUCAGGCCAUCAGUUACCUGGCGUUUGACCCUUCAGGGACCCUACUAUUCACAGCCGACAAGCAGGGACACAACUUUCACAUAUUUCGCUUGCAUCCAGCGCCUUGUAGUACGAAGCAAAGUGCCGUCCACCAUUUGUACACCCUCUAUCGUGGCGACACUACGGCUCGAGUACAAGACGUGGCCUUUGCCACCGACUCGCGUUGGGUGGCCGUAACGACGAUGCGUGGCACGACGCACGUUUUCCCAAUCAGUCCAUACGGUGGGUCGGUGGGUGUGAGAACGCAUACUUCAACACGAGUGGUCAACAGACUCAGUCGAUUCCAUCGUAGUGCAGGUUUGGACGACACGCCUUCAUCGGGUCGCAGUAGCCCCGUACUCUCCGGUUCACCUAAUAAUAGUCGCCCGUUGGAAUCGACGACUCUCUUGCCCUACCCCAAUCCACGACUGCCACCUUAUCCUCAUCCAACAGUUGUUGUCCCACUCGUACAACUGCGAUCGUCUUUCAUGGGUGGAGCUACUGGAAAUCGAGGCAUUCCCGCCUCUCCUGGGCUUUCCAAUUCUCGCAAGUUCUCCGAGUUGGACGACGGGACGGGAGUCGUCCGGGUCACCUGCUGUUUCGCUCCUCCAAGGGGAGCUGCCCCACUCGCAGGUCACGUUUUAAAUGUGGGCGGAGGUUCGGCCGCCCAUCGUGACCGUCUUCAGCGACGUACUGCUGAAUCACUCUAUGUGAUGUCGUGCCAUGGCGCCCUGGUGGAAUAUGGCUUCGAACCUCGGCUGGCGACUGGGAUACCGCGCGAAAAGAUUUGCGACAAGAGCUCUAUAGAGCUGGACAUUGUGCCGUUGGCCCAGUGGCCUAUACAUCGACCGCUCUACAAUGCCGCAGAUCUACCACCUCCUUUAGCAUCACACAUCCUUUCCCUAAUCACCAACGGACCUGAAUCGGACGAUAAAACUGAAUCUCCUUCAACUAGCGCCCCAUUGUCUGGCAAAGAGAUGCAAGAAACCUGGCUAGCACACGUUGAAAUCAACACGCAUGCUGGGCCGCACAGAAGACUUUGGAUGGGACCUCAGUUUACAUUUAAGACUCUUAAACGUGACAGCACAUCCAGUCUUGCUGAAAUAGAGGCCUCUGAAGUAGAUAUUUUGACUCGUCCAGCUCGUUCUAACCCAGUAAAUAUGCCAGACAAGAAUGAAAUGCCAAUUCAAGGACUACCUGUGAUUACUGGCGAAGGAUCAGCUAGUAGUUACGAACAGUCUCCGAGGUUCUUGACUGGUUGUGGACGGGAACGCUAUGGCACGCGUCGUUGUGAUUCCGAGAGUUCUAUUUCCGAUAUGGUCCCCAAAGUCGAAAUGGAGCUGCAAUUGAAAGAAAAUUUAGCCGACGCAAUGCAAGAAAUGCCUUUAGUAGGAUCGAAUGUUCCUGAAGAAGAUGAUGGCAGUGAACGUCGAACACAUUAUUUCAUGGAUGAUGAACGUCUAAACUGGCCUCAAACAUCAGUCUCCUCGUCAAACCCACCGGCAUCGCUCAACAUUGACGAGGAUCUUCUGGAUUUUGAGCUAGAAAGCGAGACGUGCUUGCGAUCACCAUCCAUGCCCUCGAAAUUCGCCAUUGACUCUCUUAACCGCAAUUCAUCGACGGUCAAGGACAACCAGGAUUGCGGUGACAAAGAUUACAGUUUCUUUGUCAGCGAUGAAGUUGUCAGUGGCUCAGUGCCAGUUGAUGUGGCCUUCUUUCCCGAUGCGACAAGAAGCGCCGGUGAAAGUAGUUCUAAUGAAGAGGACAUUGUGACUGUUCCCUCUUUUGACCAGGAUGGUUCUGGUCCUGGCCGUAAAAGUAAGAAAAAUCGCAAAAAGAAGAAGUGAGUUGGGGCUUUGGUUUGGGUCAGUUGUUGUACUCCUUUUUCGGGUUUCUCUAUGCGUGGUUUACCAAUUAGGGUUUUCUUUUUUUGUCCCCUGUAACUUGGUGGUUCUUUUAAAUGUGAGAUAUAGCAUGACAGAAUGCAUGGAAAUAAUUUUCCUUUUAAUUCUGAUCGUUGUUACACGGCUUUUUUUUUCUAUUUUUCUCUUGAAUAUAUUAUUCAGCCAUGCAUCAAACGUUAAUUCGUAUGAUAUAUCAUACGCACUCGGGAAAAAGACAUAAAAAAGAACACAAUU